AUGCCGUCGGUCACUCAUUCACGAAACGGUGACAUCAUUCAACCAUCCAACCACUCCACCAAUCAUUCAAAUGUCUCUGCUGGACAGUGGAAUGUGCCAUCACCCUACUGUGCUGUGCUUGAAGUGGUUCUAGAGAAGAUGUGUGGGGUGGGUCCAGAAGCCACUUUGUACAUCAUUUUGUACACACACGAGCCUUCAAAUGAAGACCAGGCAAUCGUACACAUUCCAUUUUUAAGACAUCAAUGGAAUAAGUUGAAAUUCCGUUAUCGCUUUGAACUAUUUUAUUUUGGCUAUGAAUCACCAAGUAGCAUUCCAUCACGUUCAGGAAAACAAUUCUUGGUAAUGAAGAAUUGGAGAUUAACAUAUCAAGAUCUUUCAGUCACUUGGUCUAGUAAAUAUAUCCAAAGCCAAAUUUUGAGUUCCAGCUCAAGCAGAAUCAGUAAGUUGAAUACAUUUUUCCUCCAUAAAAUUACAUCAUUUUGUAUGUUGACACACGAAUUGUCAUUCCACCCUGCUUACCAGUCAUCACACCUUAUCUUGUCAAGCAAUGUCAUUUUUUCAACUCUAUCUCAUUAUAAUAAAAAAUCCUCGUUUCUUUGUGCCUUUUUUUCUGUAGGAGUCGGUUUUUAUUUAUGGCACUGGCAAAGUACUAGCGAUGGUCUGUGUGAAGGGAUUAUAAAGCAUUGUUCUGAAAUUGAUGAAGAAUACGUGUCACAUAUCUGUGACGCUGGUGGUAAAGGUAUUGAUAAUUAUGAACUCCACUGUAAUUGGAUAUGCUGUGAUCAUCGUCACGAAACAUGUCCGUAUUUCAGUCUGUCAAGUCCAGAAUCUCGACCAACACUUGAUUUAUUUGACUUCCUUAGAGGUGAUUUUAAGUUUUCAGCUGCGGCAAUUAACCUUUUUUUCCAGUUUUUUAUUGUCUUUUCCCGAAAAUGCCAGUCUUUUGUCAUUAGCGUUGGAUAUAAUCAGUCACUUUUCAGUUACCUAGUAUCAUUUUUGAAAAAUUUGCUUAUUAAUAAGUAUAAUGAUCCACUCAAGUUGCUACUUUUUCGUUUUCAAUGA